GUGAAGGAAAGCAUUUCUUUUUCCUCUUGUCCGUGUCUCGGUGUAUGCAGGGCAUUCACGGUAGGAGUUUCACACACCGCGCCAUCCUUUCUGUGCCGCCAUGUCCGCACAACCGAAGCCGACCGCGGCGACACCGCCAGUUGUCGCCAGGCGGCGCCCCAAGCCGCAGUACCUAGCCCCAGGGCAGCACCUGAAGGUGGCAUCGCGAAAGCCGCCGACGCAGGAAGUCCCGCCGGAGCAGGGCAUCCCGCGCGACCCGUGGGAGUCGCAGGACGCCGCAGCGCAUCCUCUUCACACACACGACGACGACGACGACGUUUGUGGUACGCCGCGGCCGCCGUCUGCCCCGCUGUCCGGCUCCAUGACAGGCGGCGGCAGCCGGUCCCCUCUCGGCCGGCGCAGCAGCGCUGGGGGCCAUCCCUUCUCCUCGCACCUGCGACGGUCACGCAGCAACGCGAACAGCGAGUCGACGCCGUCGAAGGAGGUGAGCAGCAACAGCGUCAUGUCAGAGAAUGCGCCGGGGCUUCCUGCGAAGACGGCCUCUGUUACACCACCGGCGGCACCAGAGGCGGAGGAGCCAGUAGAAGAAAAGGAGAAGGGCAAUGGCGUUGAUGCUGCUGACAAGGCAGCGAAAACAGAGGAGGACCAGGAGGAGGAGGAGUACUACCACACCGCACCAAAGGGGCCGGAAUUGACGGCGGCGGAGCGAGCACAGCGGGUGCUGGAGAUGCAGCAGCAAGCGCUGGAGGCGAAGCAGCUGCAGAAGCUCACCGAGCAAGGCAUCGCCCGUCGGCCAAAGACACUCGUGCGCAACCGACACGGACGGCUGCAGGCCAUCGCCGCCCCGUCGUCCGCCACGACGACGGAGGAGACGCUGUGCAUCGAUGACGCACCGGUGGUGAUGGAAGCGAAGGCGAAGGCGCGGCGCGGUGUGCGUGACACAACGCAGUCGAAAGCGACGAUGCCCGCGCCGACGCCUACGGUGACCACUACAGCGUCUGGCGGAGAUGAUUUGGUGAACUCGCGGUCGUCGACGCCCAUCACACGGGACGAGCCGGCGAAGUUGGAAAUCGACCUGGAUUGA